AUGACGCGUGGGAGAAGGCGCCUGCCCGCGGCCGCGAAACUCCUCCUCGCGACUGCCGCCUUCUUGCUCGUGACGGCGGCUUUUCUACUGCGGCACUCUCUCGAUCCUCUCUACAUCAUCAUCAAAGGAUAUCACGGAUUUCACGGAUAUCACGGACACGACGCGGACAGGACGUUCGUGACCGGCCAUGACAGAUUUGUGCUGCACCCCGACAACCACGCCGACCGCGACGCCUACACCUUCAAGAACCACUGGAGGAUAACAUCGGGCUACAGACGCCCAGAUGGCGUCCUCAAGCGCGUAUAUCUCGUCAACGAUGCUUUCAUCGGACCGACCAUCGAGGUUCGCCCUGGCGAUCGCUUGAUCAUCACCGUGGAGAACGCCCUCGAAGAUGAAGAGACCGUAUCCUUGCACUGGCAUGGUUUGUCGAUGCGUGGCGCCAACGACAUGGACGGGGCCGCGGGAAUCACGCAGUCUCCCAUAGCAGCAGGGGGCUCCUUUACAUACGACUUCGUCAUCGAUAACGAUCAGCACGGCACGUUCUGGUGGCACGCCCAUGAUGGAGUUCAGAGGGCUGAUGGUCUUUAUGGCGGCCUGGUGAUUCACCAAACGGGGCCACGUUCUGCAGUCUUUGAGGAAGAGCGUCUGCUCCUGAUUGGCGAUUGGUAUCACCGCUCCGCAGAAGAUGCUCUUCGCUUCUACAUGCAUCCUGGCGCCUUCGGACUGGAGACCAUACCAGACUCAAUUCUGCUGAACGGACAAGGGCACUUCAACUGUGCAGAUGCUGUGCCUGCUCGCCCGUUGGAUUGCACACGUCCAGACUCGCAAAGGGCGAUAAACCUACAUUCGGCAGACCAGAUCUGGAGAGUAGUCAAUGUUGGAGCCUACGCAGGAUUCAGCUUGUCCAUGUCCCAAGGCGUUAUGGCCGCGCUCGCUGUCGACGGAGGGCAUAGAAUCGCAGGAGCGACCUCAAAAACCGUUGGAGUCCUGCAUCCAGGAGAGCGUGUAAGCCUAAGGGUGGAGCCAUCCUCUCUACAUCGGCCCGAUGCUGAGGGCUUGUCGAUCAUGCUGGAAGAGGACGCUUUCAAGUACCAGAAUCCGGCAUUAACAGCCAAACAAAGCUUCCCUAUCUUUUGGAGAGACGGCCUGCUAGACAGCGAGUACUCGCCUCAGGGAGUUUACGAACAAUUCGAUGUUCAAUCUGCUCAGCCACUCGAACACCAGAAUCGGGGUCUUCCCCAGCAGGCGAACCAAACAAUCGUUCUUUACACCAUUACUCAAAAAUUGGCCAUCUUGGAAAACGAGCCGCACGGCUUCAUCAAUCAUACACGAUGGAUGCCAAGUCAGACUCCCUUGCGCGAGCUUCAGCGUGAGGAAUGGGACGAGUAUCAGUUUGUGCCCUUGAUCAGGUACAACAAAAGCUCUCCAUUGUGGGUCGACGUUGUCCUCAACAAUCUGGACGAAGACUCACAUCCUUUCCAUCUGCAUGGUCACGACUUCUGGGUGUUGUCCCAAUACUCGUCGCCUUUCAAUUGGGGAUCGUACAAUCCAUUCGAAGACGAAGAGCCUCCCGGUGGAAGGUUUGACAUUGCUCAAGCAGUCAAGAAAGAUACAGUCCAUGUUCCGCGCCGCGGCUACGCAAUCCUUCGAUUCCGGGCAGACAAUGGACCAGGCAUUUGGAUGUUCCACUGCCAUGUCUUGUGGCAUCAAGCGAGUGGCAUGUCUAUGGCGUUCGAGGUCAAUUGA